CGUCAUUCAAAUCCAAACCAUUACCCAUAUAAUGGGCUGAAUGCGUAUCGAAACUGAAAGUGUCCCAAUUCGAUUUCACAGAAAUGUUUUUUUCUGUUUGGAAUAUUGUUUAUGACAACGAGAAAACAAAGCUAAGCAACAUAAUAUGACGAUUGUGUUUAGUAAGCAGUUUGUUUGCAACUGUUAAUGCGGGUCUCAGGCAAGUAAAUAAUGUAGUAUAUGAAGAUGUACAGACUAGAACGAUUUUGGCCAAAAUCAUAUCAGGAACAGCAAGAGGAAGAAUCUGACGGCAGAUGGAUCCAGGCAAACAUAAAGUUAACCUGUCCCAAACAUGAACCAGAGGAAAAAGCAUGUAGAUGUAAACUUCCAGAAAAAGUCCACCCGAGGCAGUACCCGUGUGACGUGUUUGGUGUGGAGAAGACGGGCAAUCAUAAAACAAAGUAUGUCCGUAUCGAUAGAGAACAAAUGGACAAAACAGUCGACCUUCUAUUGGAUAUAUGGAAGCUACCUAAACCUAGAUUUAUUAUUGCCUUUGUUGGUGGAAAUAAUUCAAAGACGGAAGUACCUAAAGGAUUUUGCAUGGGACUUACUGACUUGGUAGAAAAGCUAGAUAUGUGGGUGGUAACAGAUGGAACUACGUCUGGCAAGGGUGCUUUGAAUCAUAUAGUUAAAGCUUUGAAAGGAACCAUGUUAACAGGGGACCCUUUCUCAAAGUCAUCUCGACUUAUUGGUGUAAUCCCCUGGAGCCAAUUUGUGACUAAACACAAGGAAAAACUACUUUUUUCCGAGGAGCCGAAAGACGGUAUUCCAUUCCUUGAUCGAACCCAUACUCACUUUUUAUUCCUGGACGACGAAAGUACAAAAAAAGGCGAUGAAAGUACAAAAGAUCCAAAAUCAAAGAAGACAGAUGAACAAACACCUGACAAGACAAACGAAAAUAAUGAAUCAACAUCCAACAAGUCAAAUGAAAAAGAAGAAGCAAAAUCUAACAAGAUAAAGGGAAUAAAUGAUUCAAAAUCUAACGAGACAAACGAAAUAAACAAAACAAAACCUAACAAUAAUAAGGAAAUAAAUGAACCAAAAGUUGAUGAAAAGGAGUGCGGCAAUGAUGAAAAUAGUGACGGUUAUGAAGAAAAUAGUGACGGCUAUGAUGAAAACAGUGACGUCUAUGAUUAUGAGUCUGAUACGGACUAUGGUGAAACUGAUUCGGAAGAUUAUGCCAAAGGGGAAACUGAUGUUGAAUGUGGUACUGAACGUGAGAAUGAUGUAGAUGUUGCAAAUGACGAUGUUACAGAAGAUACAAAUGACGACGAAAAUAUCACAGAAGAAACAGAUUUUAAUGAUGAAAAUAUCAAAGAAGUAAAUGGUAAAGAAGAAGCAAGUCGAGUAAAUGCUGGGGAUAAUGAUGUCGAUACUAAUGGUACAAAAGUUAUGACAGAUGCUGAAAUUGUAAAACAGAGAACAGAAUUUCUUUUCAAAUUGAAGAAAGGCCUGGAUAACCGUUUGUCUAAGAGAAUUCCAUUAUUGUUGUUCGUUCUACAAUUGGAGCCUGGUGUUAUUGGUGCAAUAUUAAAAGCCAUCGACAAAAAGUCGCCAAUAAUAUUAAUAAAGGGGGUUCAUGACAAAGGGAUUAGACCGGACACUGCGGCUCCAAACAAAAAGAAUAGACCGAAAACUGCGGCUCAGAAUAGGGAGAAUGGGUCGACAAAUGUGACCCAAGACAAAGAAGACAUAUGUGGUAUACUGGCAGCUGCUUUAGGGGAAAAAGACAAAGAUAAAGGAAAGCAAAAGAUUCUGGAGCUCAAGUUAGAUUGGUUGGAACCUCAUAUUGAAAUGUUAUUUAAGAAUAUGGACUUGAUUACAUGUUUGGAUGUGCAUCAAAAGGACAUUGGAAGUGUUGUAAAGGAUUCAAUAUUAAAAGGCGAGUGCCCCACUCUUUUGCUUUUGUACUGA